AUGGGAGAUGAGGUGAUUCUGUUGAAUUUCUGGUUAAGCCCUUAUGGGAUGAGGGUCCGGAUUGCACUCGAGGAAAAGGGCAUCAAGUAUGAGAAUAGAGAAGAGGACUUUAGCAACAAGAGCCCUUUACUCCUUCAAAUGAACCCAGUUCAUAAGAAAAUACCAGUUCUCAUUCACAAUGGCAAACCCAUUUGUGAGUCACUCAUUGCUGUUGAGUAUAUUGACGAGGUUUGGAAUGAUCAAUCUCCCUUGUUGCCUUCUGAUCCUUACCAGAGAGCACAAGCAAGAUUCUGGGCUAACUACGUUGACACCGAGAUAUAUAAGCUUGCAAUGAGGUUUUGGACAACUGAAGGAGUUGAAAGAGAAGCUGCUGGUGAAGAGUUUUUGGGGUGUCUGAAGUUAUUGGAAAAACAACUGGGGGAUGAACCUUAUUUUGGUGGAAACAACUUUGGCCUCGUGGAUGUUGCACUUGUUCCUUUGUUCUGUUAUUUUUAUACCUUUAGUUUGUAUGGCAAUUUCAUCAAGGAGGCACAGUACCCCAAAAUCAUUGCUUGGGCUAAGAGGUGCAUCCAAAAAGAGAGUGUGUCCAAGAGUUUUCCCGAGGAGCACAAGGUCAAAGAGCAUGUUUCCCAGAAGAGAAACAAAGGGUAG